UCCAGGUGUUGAAUCACCAUGUUCCUUUUUCUCAGAUAUUUCUUCUAGAUCAUUCAUUUCCAAAAUCACCCUUUUAUCCCUAUAAUCAUAAAUACCCGUUGCACCUUCUUUUCCUUCAUUCCCUCCUUCAUUGUCAUCUGGGUGCAAUUCUAUGAGCUGAAGCACAACGCAAAAUUGUCGCUUUCUUUUCAUGACUCUAUAAGUUUGUUCAUUGCGACCAUGGAUUAUUGCACAGAAGGGUCUUCUUACUAUAACAUUCUUGGUGUUAGUUCGGAUUCUAGCGUGGAAGAGAUAAAGCGCGCUUACAGAAAGCUUGCUAUGCAAUGGCACCCUGAUAGAUGGACAAAAACGCCUUCUUUGCUGGGCGAAGCCAAACACAGAUUCCAGCAAAUUCAAGAAGCCUAUUCCGUGCUGUCGGACAGUAAGAAAAGAACUAUGUAUGAUGCGGGUUUGUAUGAUCCUCAAGAGGAAGAGGACGAGGGGUUUUCUGAUUUUUUGGAAGAAAUGUUGUCUCUCAUGGCUCAAGCGAGGAGAGAGAAAAAACAUUACGAUUUGAAAGAGUUGCAGGGGAUGUUGAUGGAAAUUGGUAAAGGAUUCGAGUGUUCUUCAAUGUACUGUGGGGUGCCCUCUGUGAUUGAGGAGUCUCGAUGCUCAAAGAAGACUCGUUUAGACACAAGCACGGUGGAGAAUAAGGGGCCACAUUUUCAAGUACCUGAUCUUAACCUCUAUUGCAGUUAGAAGUUUUUUUUGGCUUUUCCUGUCGAGAAAAGCAACUAUGAAUGAUGGAUAUGAAGCCGCAGAAGCAAUUUUGGUAACAGUAAUAGAUAUUUUCAACACUUGAAUUUGUUACCUUGUACAUAUGUGUUGUAGGUGUUAAACUUCCUGAGAUGUUAGUGUUUAGAUAAGAAAGUUUAGUCUCGAUUUAUGUACCUUCUAAAUGACAUCUUCUAUAUGACAUCUUCUAUUGAAAAUUA